AUGCUAUAUCACCCGUACUUUCCGCUCAUUGCUUGUGAAAAUCUUGAAACAGCACGACUCCCAUGGAUGUCGAAGAAUGAGCCACAUCUCUUUGCGGCAAUUUUGACCAUAUCAUCAAGAGAGAACGAUCAAAUUCACAAUGUCUGUUACAAUCAUCUGCAAAAACUUAUAUCCAUGAUUAUAGCCGGAAUUAAAGUAACUAUCGAAGCAGUCGAAGCUCUCAUUUUACUCUCUCAGUGGGUACCGCAGAGACCUCAUGUUUCAUAUUCGGUCGAAAGUAGUGAAGAAGAUCAGACAGCAUGGAUGUAUACUGGCAUGGCUAUCCGCCUCGCAUAUCACAUUGGCCUUGACCGUGCUGUACUGAUGGACGAAAAGUGCGGAGACCUAUCAUUUAUUAAAAGGCAACAGUUAGUUUGGGCAGCUUGCUAUACUUGUGACCGCCAAGUUUCAGUCCGGCUCGGUAAGCGAUACUGGGCAUGUGGACCAGUUCCUAUCCCUGAAUUAAACUCCUCUGAACUUCCAGCUUUUCAAAAUUAUGUUGCCAAAGAAGACGAUCGUUCAUCAAUCUUUGAAGCCAACUUAGAGAUCGCUCAGAUAAUAUCUAAAAUACAAGAUAUCCUCUUUCCUUCACAUGAUCGACGCUGGAAAACAAUGACGGAUGAUAUUUAUGCCAAUUACUUUCAAGAAUUUCAAUUUAGCUCUCCGCGUGUCAAAAUAUCUCUUCUCUUGACUCACAAUUAUCUUCGCCUGUACCUUCACGCUUUCACCCUCCAAGCCACUAAAUUUCACACACAUAACUUCCAAAAAGAAAUCUCACCAAGGAUUACAAGCCAUACCUCAACUCAAUUCAAUUCCUUUGCCUUCGGCCCUCGCUCUGUUCAUGAAGCUCUAAACACUGCUAAGUCAUUAUUAUCCACCUUCAAUCAACUUAUAGACCCUGCAGAGCUAGGAUACAUGCCUAAUAAUCUCUACUUUUUCGUCUUAUACGCAGCUGUAUUCCUCUACAAGCUAGUUGUUACUGCUACUCUAGUACAAGAGGAGCGUCUCGACGUGAGACUAAUAGUAAAAACAACCAUUGAUCGAUUCCAAAAAGCCGACACUAGCCCAAAUCAUGUAGCUGGGAAAUAUUACAGGUUGCUUGAAAUGCUUUGGCAUCAGGAACUAGAGCAGAAUGCAGACAUGUACGUACAAAGCCAGACUGUUAAGUUGGUAAGCCAUACCAGCGACUCAUCUUCGGGAUCAGCUACAACUCCCAACUCAGAUCCCGGCGAAAAUUCCAACUUCAAAAUGCAACAACUUUCUCUAGAAACCUUUGAGACCGAGUGCAAUAGUACAACUGGCUCAAGUUAUAUAUAUAAUCAUUCAACACCUACUAGCUCAUCCUGGGCUGAUCUCGAAGAUAUCUGGAAUUACACAUCUCUGAGUGGAUGUAGAGGUGACGACACUUCCGUCAAUAAUAUAAGUGAUACUUUAAAUAAAGCUCCUCCUCGCGUGGCAGAAAUACUUAGCACUUGGAACUUCAAAAGUAACUUAUUUAGUGGCUGA